AUGCCAAUUCCUGUCCAGUUUGAGUGGUCACAGUGUCCAGACGCGGUCGUAUUCGCUCUGCGUAUACCGUCGCUGUCUGGCUCUAAGUUGGCUCGAGCUCAUAAAAUAGUGUCACCGACCUAUCUACGGGUUAGCGCGCCGCCGUACCUUUUUGAAGUGGAUCUGUUUGACGAGAUUGACGACACAAGCGCAGAGACGUCUGUAUCCUGCGACCAGCUUUUUCUGAAACUGAAAAAGAAGACGCCUAAACUAUGGAAGGCACCCUGCGCCAGCGACAACUCGGAGCUGAGCCCAGAGGGCCUACGGGAGAGAAGGGAGAACUCCAUCCGAAUUUACGAACAACGGCAAUGCGAACGAAGAAAGCAGCAGAGAAACCUGAAGUAUGAAAAACAGCGAACAGCGCAAGAAGAACAAUGGCGCUUUGACCGUGAGGCUUCCCAGUGGCUCGACUCUCAAACAGAGCUAGAGAAAGCUCGGGCGCUCCAGUUAGUUUACGGCGCAGAUUGCGAUUAUGGCCAGUCCUCGCUUGCCCCUGACGUAGAAAAAAAGGAGGAUUCACACCGUACCACUGAUUUUCAGUCCCAGCACACUCACAGGGUUGACGAUGUGGAGAACUGGCCACACACUUUAGAGAUUGAGAAUGAAACGGAAGAUUUUGUCGCGGGCCUAGUCAACCAGUCUUCACAAGUGUCAUCUGAAGCUGGGCAGAAGCAGCAAAAUGGCCACCACUUUGACAUGGAAAACGCGAGUUUGGAACUCACUCCACAAAGUCAAGCGGAAGUUACCAGCGAUGAGCAGCGCCGCUCCAACGACGCGGACACCGGAGAGUGCUGCAGUUCUGCUGGAGCAGAAGUGCCUGGGUCAGUACAGGAGAAAAGGAAGAUUGUUCUAAGUUUCACAUCUCGCAGGGAUCCUCGACUUCCUGCCCGGGGCGACAAAUUGCCUCCUUUUCCAAGAGACAGCGGGCAUUCUGCGGCGCCAAAAGGGCCACCGCAUGAGAAACCCCCUCGGGAAGGGGACCCGGACUGGCUGAGACGGAAAGGUGAUAAGCUGCUGAAGAAUGGUGACAUCCCAAGUGCAAUGGAAGCCUACAGUGAAGCACUGAAGCUCGCACCGAGUGCACGGUGUUUUGGCAAUCAAGGUUACUGCCAUCUUCUUCUAGGGAAAGUUGACGAGGCAGACACUCAGAGCGUCGGAUAUCAGGGUUGGCUCAUGGCGGCACUAAUCAUCCAAGCAAAUGCCGCACGGUUUCGUGCUGUUGUUCCUCGAGGUCUCCAGUGUAUCGAAGACUGCAAGCACGGCCUGAAUGUUCUAAGCUCCACUCAGCAGGUGCCGGAAGGGGAACUCGUCCCGGCUCUGACACGUGAGGACGCCCGACUGCGGGCUAUUCUCUAUAACAGAGUUGCAGUUUGCUUCCUUGCGAAAGGACUGCUUGACCGAGCAGUUUCAAUGCUGGACGAAGCACUGAAAGACGUAUCAGGGAUAUCUCUGGACCAAGCGAAGCUUCUUCAGAGCGAUAAAGACCACAUACACAAGUAUGUGCAAACAUCGUCUCGCGUGGCUGGCUUAUCUUCCAAGCGUGGCGAUGUCGCUGAAUUCCUGUGCGUCUUUUCCUGCAUGACGAAUCGAGCAACGGGCCGCUCCGCGUGUUUUUGGACUCAUGGCAUUCGAGAUGCCUUCAGGCUACAGCAUAUUGUCGGAAAAAAGAAAAGAGCCGAUGGGUUUCUCCGCAGGGCCAUCCAGUACAACAGGCACGCGGGGUUGGCUACUUGGGCAUCGAAGGAGAGCUCAGCCCCGACCGAGGAGCCUACUGCAGAAGAGGCAGUUGAACUCUACACACAAAUCAUCGAUGCUACAGAAUGCAACGCCUUCUACAGCCUUCUACGUGCACUGCAUUUCAGCAACAGAUCCCUCGCCUUCCUGCACAGCAGAGAUGCCAAAGCGUGCCUGCUGGAUUGCGAAGCGGCCGCGGAGAUCCUGAAAGCAGCCGGCAUCACGCCAGAGCACUGGCCUCGACGCAACACCACACAGAAAGGGACUGCCGCCGUCGGGCGUACAAGUCACUUGAAAGUCCCUGGAAACUCAACACCAGUGGCUUUCGCUCCAGCGAGCGGCGACGUUCUGAAGUCCCUGUGGACGAAAACGCGUCUUCGAAGAGCUGCGGCUUUAGAGUUCCUCGGGCGCAUGGAAGAGACGCUGGAGCAAGUGUCGAGUAUUUUGAGUGCAGACGCAACGCAUGCAGAAGCUACGGCUAUUCUGACCAGGGUAGAAUACAAAAUGCGUCUCGCAUCUUUGCGCUCCGGCGCAGGGCCAGCAGGUGCUGACGACACCCCGUCGUCCAGUGGAGGCAACUCGGGGACUCACGGUAAAGAAGAUGGCGCACCGCGGAGCGCCUCAACCCUGGCGCAGAUGGAGUGUCUCGUGGCUGCCGCGGGAACUCACCUGCGGAGACACGAACACGAAGCCGCACUGGAGCUUUACAACCGUGCAGCCGCGAUGGGGCGUUGCCAGCCCGAUGCAAGCGAUCCCAAGUCGUUGACAAGCUCCGUCCUUAUGCGUGUCGAGCGCAUUCGUGCUCUGGCGAACGCUGCACUCUGCCACCGGCACCUUGGUCACGAGGAAUCUGUGGUCGACGUCGCGUCUCAAGCCCUUCAGGAGAUCGGGGAGCUGAAAAACGCGAACAAUCCUGAAGAACGCGUUUCAGUUCCUCACAGCGAACUUCUUAAAAUUGAGUGCUCAUGCCUGGCGCGACGCACGCCCUUAGUGUUCCCUAGGGAGUCAUGCGCGCUCGGCUCUGUGACGGCCUCCCCUCAGCUUUCAGAAGAGACACAGAAGAGCAGUCACGUGAGCACAGGUGCAAUCCGCAACGUUUUCAUCCCUACGGGGUCUCCCCUUCUGCGCGUGCGCUGUUCAGACAUGUGGCACAGCGUUCCCUCCGGCGUGGGACGCAGUCUAAAGCGACUGGGUAGCAGCCCCAUCACGUGA